AUGGACACCGCUGGCGCUUGUGCCUUCCUGGCCACGACUAAUGCCAUUAAGACGUCUAAGUACAACACAUUCAACUUCCUGCCACUCAACCUCUUCGAACAGUUCCAGAGGAUCGCCAACGCUUACUUCCUCAUUCUGCUGUUACUCCAAGUGAUUCCUGCAAUCUCCUCUCUGUCCUGGUUCACAACCGUGGUCCCUCUGGUCCUGGUGCUGUCUGUGACGGCUGUUAAAGACGCUACAGACGACAUAAACCGCCACAGGAGUGACAACCAGGUGAACAACCGGAAGGUCACAGUGCUCAUCGAUGGAGAACUACGGAGU